UUCUGUGGAAACACCUUCUCUCUUCACUUCUCUCUCAGCCUUGCCUGCCUGCCUGCCUGCCUGCCUGCCUGGCUGUGUGCGUGUGUGUGUGCCUGCAAGUGUGUGAGAGAGGGACAGAGUGAGAGAGAGAGAGGGCGGGAGAGAGCAAGAGAGUUUGCGCGCGUCACCCGAGCUGCUACUCUGAGGGGGCUGAGAGAGGGAGAGAGUGUGUGUGUGUCGUGUGCGUGUGUGUGUUUUAACGGCGCCCCGUCUGCCAGUGGGGCCGCAUGCUCGGGAUUACGUGAGGCCCUCCUUUUCAUCGCCGAGGCGACGCAGCAAGCCCUCGGCCGCUGAGAGGGACACACACAUACACACACACACACGCACACUCGCCUGUGACGGACGAGACGACUGCGGGAGAGCGACUGACUGAGGAGGAGAGUGUUUUCACUGGGAGUUUUCACGUGUGUGUGUGUGGAUGUGUAUCAGGUAUUAUGAGUGUGUGUACGUAUAUGCAUGCGUGUGAUUUUGGGGUGUUUGACUCUCUCCAGCUCGCUUGAGCGUGCUAUUGUUCCUCUUUGUAUCAGUGAAGGCUUUUUUAAUUCCUGGAGGAAGGUUUAACUUUCAUGCCUGUCUGUCUGUCCGCGGGAUGAGGUCGUGAAGUUAUUCGCUGAGUCGUACCCUUUUCUCUGGAGCAAACAACUUGAGGUUCCCUGACAAGUUCUCUGUGGAACUCCCUGUCUCCCUGAGGACAGCGGGACAGCAGCUCUCUUCUACACUGCCUUCUCCGUGGUACUCUUGUCAUUGGGGUUCUUGAGCUACGCUAUCCCUGGAAAACCCGUUACUACGAGGGCAAACCCUUUGAGGCUCUCUGUAGUGGUGAUACCUUCCUGACAUCUCUGAGUCCAACGACCCCAGAAAGGGAGGCUUUCCGUCACUACGUUCUCCUCCGCAACGUUCUCUGUUGUGGUCCUGCAGGGUUCCGUGGUGGAUGGAUCACUCCUUGUUCGGGUGUCUGCGGAGCCCGCCAGCUCCGGCCCAGACGCUGCACCCAGCCUUCUCCCAGUCGCCCCUCACCCUCCACGGCCGCACCGACCACCUCUCCUACCCCGACCCCCCCUGCGCCUACUCGGGAGACGAGGCCGCAGCCUUUGGUGGAGGAGGUGGAGGUCACCACCGCUCGCACCCUCCGCAACAGCAACAGCACCCCCAGCACCACCACACACAGCACCAGUCCGCAUGGCACCUACCCCACAUGCCCCCACCCGGCACUGGGGGAGCCAGGCACGGCCUCUGCCCCCCGCACCCCGAUAGCCAGGGCGGGGGUUCGGAGCUGUGCGGCGGGCCAGGGGGUGGUGGAGGUGGCGGAGGAGGAGGAGGAGGGGGUGCCCCGGGUUUGUGCCCCCCUGGGUCGGGGCUGGCAGGGGGAGAGGGGGCCGGUGGGCCAAUGUGUGUGCCGGGGGACUACGGGCGUCAGACCAUGUCACCCGUCGACGGGGAGAGGAGGAACAGCAAGGCGAAGAGUGACAGCUCAGACUCGCAGGACGGGAGCUACAAGGCGGACAUGAGUAGCAAACCCCGGAAGGAGCGCACUGCCUUCACCAAGGAACAGAUACGGGAGCUGGAGUCGGAGUUCGCCCACCACAACUACCUGACACGCCUGCGACGCUACGAGAUAGCCGUCAACCUUGACCUCACAGAGAGACAGGUGAAGGUGUGGUUCCAGAAUCGCCGCAUGAAGUGGAAGCGCGUGAAGGGUGGUCAGCAGGGGGCAGCGGCGAGGGAGAAGGAGCUGGUGAACGUCAAGAAGGGCACGCUGCUGCCGUCCGAGUUCUCGGGCAUGAUGGGAUUGCACCACCACGGCAACGCCACGGGCGCCGGCGUUUCCCCCGGCAACGACGACAGCCGCGACAGCGACCAGAGCUCUGAGCACGCUCACUUAUGAUUCACCAACACACACACGUAUACACACACACACACACACACAUGCACACACACAGUCCGGGUCCAUUGCCCCAACACACAAACUUUUUGUCCUUCAAGAAGUCCCGGCAACGAUGACACCUGUGACUGUGACCAGUGCUCUACACAUGCCAACUUAUGACUGAAAUACACCACCAACACACAGUGCAGCUGAAAGGUUGGGGAGGGCCAUUCACAAAAUCAAUGUAUUGAGUUUUGGGGUCCUGAAUGGUCAAUGUAAUGAGGACCCAAUUUCGGACCUCCUCUCUUCCUGGGUCCGGUCGGCUUCCCUCCCAAAAGACACACACACACACA